AUGAAACUAUUGCAAACCGAAUAAUGCCUGAUCUUGGUCAUAAGAUCAAAGAUUUCCAACAUCAUACUUGGCAUGUUACUGAUUGGAAAAAUUUAGAAAAGAGAUUAAAAGGUCCUGAAUUCGAGGCUGGCGGUUGGAAAUGGCAUCUUUUACUUUUUCCUUUUGGAAAUUUCAAUUAUGAUGAAACUUCUGUGGAUCAUAUUGGCAUUUAUUUGGAGUUGGCUAAUCCACAAGAAGCAUCUGUUGGUUGGCAUAUUUGUGCGCAGUUCGCUUUGUUGUUAUGGAAUCAAGAAGAGCCAACAAAAUUCGUUAGUCAUCUGCUCGAUUGGGGUUUUGCAAAAUUUUAUGAACAGAAUAAGUUGUUUACACCGUCUGGUAAACGAACUCACUCGCUAAUUGAAAAUGACACUUGUAAUAUUACGGUUCUCGUUCGUGUUCUAGAGAAUCCAACCGAGUACAUAGGUUUAAAAAAUCAAGGAAUGAAUACUUUUUUAAACUCGGUGCUACAGUCUCUUUAUUAUAUAAAAUAUUUUCGUAAGGCAGUAUAUCAAAUCCCAAUGGAAAAUGAUAACUCGGCAAAAGGCAUUUCAUCGGCUUUGCAAAAGAUUUUCUAUCAAUUAAAUGUUUCAAAUACACCGGUUAAACCAACCGAAUUAAUAAAAUUUUUUGGAUGGAAUGAAAUUUUUUUUAUAAACAAUGUUCGAGAAUUUAUUAAAAUAUUGCGAAAAGAUCUUGAGGAUAAGAUGAAGGCAAGUAUAUUUUAUAACACAAAAGUAGAUGGUGUAAUUUCUGAACUUUUUUCUGGAUCAAUAAAAACUUAUAUUAAAUGCGUUAAUGUAAAUUAUGAAUAUUUACAUGUUGAAGAUUACUAUGGUAAGCAUAUUCAACUUAAUAUUCAAGGAUGUAAAACUUUAGAUGAGUCUUUUAUGAAAUAUAUAAAAGAAGAAACUUUAGAAGGUGAUAAUAAAUAUGAUACUGAAGAUUAUGGCUUACAAGUUGCCAAAAAAGGUGUAAUUUUCGAGAGUUUCCCACCUGUAUUGCAUUUGCAUUUAAAUAGAUUUGAACAUGAUACGCUUGAGUCAAAUGAUUGCUGUGAAUUUCCCAUGGAAAUUGAUUUGCAAAAAUAUUUGUCACCUAAUGCAGAUAAAUCACAAUCAUAUAAAUACUUGUUAUAUGGUGUACUUGUUCGAGAUGAUGACCGUGAUUUGGAUGAGGAUCGUUAUGCCGCAUUUAUAAGACCCGAAAAGAGCAACAGAUGGAUAAAGUUUGCUGAACGAGUUACACCAGCAUCAAUUAAUUACGGUUAUGAAGGCCUAUUACAAUCUAAGAAUGCAUACAUGUUAAUAUAUAUUCGUGAAUCUAGCAUCAAUGAGAUAUUUUCUCCAAUACUUCCUGAAGAUAUGCCGAAACAUCUACAAUGCCGUCCAUAUGAUGAAAAAGACAAGUACCUAUAUUUACAAACAUGGAUUGUGACAGAAAGGGUGGUUAGGAACCAUAGAGGAUUUGAUCUUGUUAAUUUUGAUAAUCAACAACAUUUAUUAUCAGAAAUUCCUCAAUUUAAAGUUUUAAAAGAAGACACCUACGGUACUUUUAUAAAGAUGAUUGCUACAAAAUUUAAAAUUCCUAUUUAUAAAUUAAAGUUCUGGGUAAUUGUAAAUCGACAAAAUAAAACAAUUAGGCUACAUGAGCCUCUAAAAGACGAUUAUCUUGACAUAUCAAUGGAAGAAAUCAGUAGAAAGAUAAUAGGAUGUAAUGAGUUAAGGUUGUAUAUGGAGAUAGUGGAAAAGCCAAUAAAUUUCAAGAAAAAACACGGAACGAUUAUCAUUUUUAUUAAAUAUUUUAAUCCUGAUUCACAGUCGUUAGAGAGCCUUGGUCAGUUAUAUGUUCAGAAAAAGUGUAGGGUUAAUAGCAUUUUCUCCAUUCUUCGUAAAAAAAGACAAUUGCCACUAGACACACCUUUGAAAAUAUAUGAAGAAAUUACACCUUAUAUGAUUAAAAAAAUAACAUCAAGACAUACUUUUCUCAAGUCCAAUAUACAAAAUGGUGAUAUAUUAUGUUUCCAAAAGGCGUUAAAAAACAAAGAUAGCAUUCCUCAAUUUUAUGAAUCAUUAUUAGAAAAUAUUGUCGUUAAGUUUAAGUCGAAAUCCGGAUAUCGAGAUCCAUUGCCCGAAUUUGAUCUAUUUUUAAAUAAAAAUAUGCCAUUUAAAGUUGUGCGUUAA